AAAAAAUCAAACGGGGAAAAAAAAAGAAAAGAAAAAUAAAGUGGGGGAAAACUUUGUUAUUUUCCUUCUUCGAAGUCUUUGAGGAAAUUUUUCAGAGACAAAGGGGUCUUCAUCAAUGUCUUCAGCUGCUGCUACUUUCAUUGCAGGCCCAAGCUCUGCAGCUCCCCACCUGAGAAAAUCAAAGAAAGGAGUGAGCUUUUGCCAUUACAGGACCCAUUUCAUCAGAGGAGGAGCUCUCAAGUCGCCUAACCAAAUCUCUCUUCUUUUAAUUAGAAAGCCAUCAAAUGGGCUCAGAAGGAAUCCUAACUUCAAUCACAGUAGACCCUUUUCUCCUGUCAUGGAGUGGCAAGAGUGCAGGGCUGAGAUUGAAAUUGAUAUUCCAGCUUCUCUUGCCUACGAAUGCUAUUCAGACCGUGAACAGAUCCCACAGUGGAUGCCUUUUAUAUCAUCUGUUAAGGUCUUAGAAGAUAAUCGCAGCCUGUCAAGGUGGUCACUAAAGUACGAGGCAUUUGGUCGUAAUAUUGAAUUUUCUUGGCUCGCUCGAAACAUGCAGCCAAUCCGAAAUCAGAAAAUCCAUUGGCGAUCGUUGGAAGGUCUUCCUAAUAAAGGUGCUGUUCGAUUUUUUCCCAAAGGUCCAUCCUCAUGCAGAGUAGAAUUAACUACUUCAUAUGAAGUUCCUGAGAUUCUCACUCCAGUGGCAACCGCACUGAAACCCUUUACUGAAGGAUUACUGUAUCGUGGUUUGGAGAAAUUUGCGAUGUUUGCUAAGAACUAUAAGAAAGGUGCUCCUCGCAGCUGAUAAAGAACCCAGAUGAAAAUGUUGCUUAUAUUAUUGCGACAGGACCAUGAUUGUCAUUUUCACUGGAAAUAAUUUAUGAGCUCAUUGAUUUCUUGUAAACAAACAACAUGGAAUUUGUUCAACCAAUUUUUAUUUACUUACUACUGAGUUCUAGUAUAAUUAUAA